CGGAAAGCACCGGGCGCUCGGGCUCGUCAGUCGUUCGGCGAAGCUCGGGGAGGUUAGGUUGGGUCGCGUCCCACUCGCGAGCGCGCUCGGUUCUCACGGCGCACCGCGACGGCCGACGGGGGAUACGCGGUGACUGGUGUCUCUCGCCGAGCGAGGCGUCUUCGCUUCGUCUCCCGCGCGCUCGCUGGCGAGCGUCACCGAUCGGCAUCUCGUCGCGAGGGUGGCGAGUAUCGCUACGCCCGUUCGUCCUCGCGCGUCGUCGCCGCGUCGAGUAAACGUGCGCGCGAGUCGUCUCGCGGACGCAUCGUUGGCUGUCAUCGCGGCGAUCGUCCGUGCGCGUCGAGACGCAGGCACGAAGGGAGCGAGGAUAAGCCAGCGCCGUGCGUUCCCGGCCUAGUGACCCGACCUUGGUCGGCCCGACCAGACUACCAUUUACGUCACCAUGCCUGGAUUUUAAACUUCCAUCUCCGAUACCAGGUCUGUGAAGUAAAGCGCAACGCAAAAAGACACUUUGACAAUGUGAACGCAUGAAAACAAACGCAAAUGCCCAACAAGGCACGGCCUCGUCAAGAGUGGUCUCCUCAAUCUCCCAUAGAUAUUUUAUGGAUGCCCCGCUCCGCCAUGAGGCCGGCCGAGGGCGACGCGUCGGAUUGCAUUCUGGUGGUCGGCGUGUCCAGACCGAAAAUGGCCGUAGCUUUUCUAUCGGUCGCCCUGCUGUCCCUCUUCCUCACCUUCCAUAUACUGUACGAUAGCGCCAUUUACAGCCUCCACGCGGUCUCCGCCGUCGAAGGGCGCACGGUCGAGCUGGUCUCCCAGGUACGCGCGACACCGCCUCUUCUCUUCUCCAACUCGAAGGUUCAUUUUCCACGCACGAAUCGCCAUCUCCCACAGGCUAUCAUAAUCGGCGUACGCAAGUGCGGCACGCGGGCGUUGCUAGAGAUGCUCUUCCUGCAUCCGCAGAUACAGAAGGCGGCCGGCGAGGUGCACUUCUUCGACCGGGACGACAACUACGGCAAGGGCCUGGAAUGGUAUCGCCGCAAGAUGCCGUACUCCUUCAAGGGCCAGAUCACCAUCGAGAAGAGCCCCAGCUACUUUGUCACGCCCGAAGUGCCCGAGAGGAUCCGCGCGAUGAACGGCAGCGUCAAGCUGCUGCUGAUCGUACGCGAGCCAGUUACCAGAGCGAUAUCGGAUUACACGCAAUUACGCACGCACGCCGCAACUGCUUCCACAUUGAUAAACGGUACGCCGCAGCAGCAGCAACAGCAGCAACAACAGCAGCAGCAAGCGGCGCGCUCUUUCGAGGAGCUCGUUAUGCGGCCAGACGGUACUAUCAACGAAUCAUACAGACCAGUCGCCAUCUCCCUGUAUCACACCUAUAUGCAUCGCUGGCUGGAAGUGUUCCCCAGGGAGCAGAUCCUCAUAGUGAAUGGCGAUCAGUUGAUCGAGGACCCUGUGCCCCAGCUGCGUCGUAUCGAAAACUUCCUCGGGUUGGAGCCGCGCAUCGGCAGGCACAACUUCUACUUUAACCACACUAAGGGCUUCUACUGCCUGAGAAACGAGACCUCGGAGAAGUGUCUGAAGGAGAGUAAGGGGAGACGUCAUCCACGCGUCAGCCCGGUGGUCGUCACGAAGCUGAGGAAGUUCUUCAACGAGCACAAUCAACGCUUCUACGAACUCGUCGGGGAGGACCUCGGCUGGCCGGAGGAAUAACCAUCGUGGAGAGUCCCGACUCGUUCGUUAUCGACGUGAAUCGCGCGUGCAUCUAGUAACGCGUUCAACGUGAUUGUUUAAUCGGAAUCAAACAUCCUUUUGUUACUGAAGAAACCACUACCGAAAUUGAUCAUCAAAAGAAGAUCCGGAAUUGGUGACGUCGAUCAAUAUCCUUCACGGGAUUACGUAGCUUCGAUGCAGCCUGGAUACUUAAUUUCUUCAAAGGCAAAGAUAAGUAGCUUAUAUGUAUCGAUUAUCGGUUCGCUUAUUUUCAAAGAAACGCAACAUAAUGUUACACGAUGGCAACGAUCCUGGAUGCAACGUCGAUACCGUUAUUAACGCGGGAUGCACGCGGGACUGGCGUCUUGUUAUUGAAUUAUCAAAUGUGUAAGCGUAUACAAAAUAUAUACAUACAGACACAUACACGUACACAAAGUUACAGUAACGCCGGCCAAAAUAUAGUAGAGACGUGGAUUCACGAGACGACGGACGCGAUCGUCCCGUGGAUCCACGCGGCAUGUACGGAUCACGUUGGUCCGUGACUUUACAUAUCAAUUUUACAUAUCGAUAGUUUACAUAUAUCAAUAGGUUAACUAGUUCGUAAACGAGAAAGAUUGAAUAUUUUUAUAAUCCACAUUGGAAGUUGUUAUAUCGCUUAUGUCGUUAAGAGGAUAUUACAUAACGCGAGGGACUCUCGUGCGAUCAAUGGGGAUCGAAAAUUUUAUUUAUUGCGUCCCGCGCAUGCACGAUCCACCAAGUACAACGAGCAGAAAAGUAUAAUUAUGCUGGUUCGCUCUUGCUUUGGAGAAAAAUCGAAAACCAGAGGCAAUCUUUUAUUCUCUCUUGUCUCUUCCCAAGUUUAUUUCUUCUUUCUCUUUCACACAGAGAAAAGACAGCGCUCUUCUCCAUCGUUCCCUGACACUGGAUCGGCGCAAGCGUUCCUCUGGGAACAUGAAGAGAAGUAGGGUGGAAUCCGACCAACCGCGAAUAAACUCGUCAACUGCAACGUAGACCGAACGGCUCGCUGAGACUUUAUCGUAGAAGAUCUUAGAAUCGAUUAUUUUCCAAAUUUUCCACUAAAAAUUAUUUUAAAAGAUACAACGUUAUAUUAUAUAUACGUAUAAUGUAUAUAUACGUAUUAUAUAUAACAAAUGAAUUUUACUAAAACACCAGAAGAGUAUUACGUCCUGUGAUAACGCAAAUGUAUUAAGAAUUUAUCACAUUACUGCGGGACGUACUCUCCACCGUCAUUGAGGAAGUUCUUAAUAAUUACAUGGAUAGUUAAUAAUUCGGCUCCAUGUCGUCGGAGAUGAUGAGCGUCGCGCGAUGGGAGUUAAUUAACGUCCUUUAUAGUCUGUUCGUGGAUUCCACUUAAAGAUAUGUUGAAUAUUAUACAACGGAUUAUGCCUACUGAUAACUUGUUUAAUAUUAUAAGAAUAUUUAUGUACUAUUCAGAUUUUAUGAGAGAUACAAAUAGUCGCUAAUCAAAAUCGUAAAAAAUCUCUAGUGAUUAACGCAGUACGUUUAUCACCGGGAAAUAUGUAGAACAAGAGAGAUAAAAGAAGCGAGUCA